GAUCAGGAAACAAUGAGCUGGUUCACUCAAAUGCUGCAAAACUUGAUUAGUUUUCCUUAUUUAGAAGAAUACCUGAGCUCAGUGGUUCACCCUUGGUGGUUUCGUAAGCUUCUGAUUUUGCUUUCUUCAUUAAUGAUAGAUAUAUAUUUGGUUGGCUGUGCUUGCUCAUUUGGGCUAUAUGUUUACAUGAAGAUGAAUAAGCACCAAGAAACUGGUCCUGAUAGCAAAAUUUGGAAAAAGCCAAGGAAUUUUUUUGCUCAUAUUGCAGAUAUAUAUGGAAAGAUAUGGCAUGGUUACGAACUUACUGGUAUAGAACAUAUCCCUAAAGGACCAGGGAUUAUUAUUUAUCAUCAUGGAGUUAUGUCUAUCGGCUAUGUCUUUUUUGUGGCUAGAUAUUUUUUAGAGACGGGGAGAACAUGCUUUUCAUUAAUACAUCAUGUCGCGUAUUGGAUACCAGGGCUGCAGAUGUUUUAUUAUGUGCUUGGGCUGAAAUCUUACAAGAAAGCUGAAAUUGUGGAAAUAAUGAAGAAAGGCCAUUUACUGGGCAUUGCACCUGGUGGAGGUAGAGAAGCACUGUAUAGUCACGAUUACUGCAUAAUGUGGGGUAAACGCACAGGUUUUGCUCAGGCAGCUUUGGAGGCGAAAGUGCCCAUCAUCCCUAUUUUUACACAAAACAGUUGUGAAGCAUACAGGACCAUUGGAAAGACAAGGCUGACAAAAUGGCUGUAUGAUAAAACUCGAUGUAUGGUUCUUCCCAUUUACGGAGGGUUUCCAGUGAAAUUGAGGACAUUUAUUGGAGAACCCAUCCCAUAUGAUCCAAAUAUAACAGCUGUAGAGCUGGCUGAAAGAGCGAAGAUUGCACUUGAAAAUCUUCGGGAUAAACACCAAAAAAGGCCAGGAAAUAUAUUAAGAGCUCUUUCAGAACGAUUUGAUAAGCAUUACAAAGCUAACUAGUCCAUAUAAAAUCGUUGCACUGUUCAUGAGAAGGUUUC